ACCGGUGCAUGUAAAAGCGAUUCUUUCGAGCGCUUCUCCAAAACCCUUCGUCACAAUUCAUAAACCCUAUAUCCACCGUCUAUUCUCAGCCACCGUGCCGGGCCGUAUCAAACCCUACCAACGUAAUGGACGAGGACGUCGCAGAAGCAACGCAGUCCUUCACUGCAAACGCUGACAUAUGCCAACAACUUCUAACCCGAUAUGCCCGCUCCUCAGCCGCGCAGCACCGCCACCUAUGCGCCGCCGCCGCCGCCGCCCGCUCAAUCAUUCAGUCCUCUUCUCUUCCCCUCACUCCCAUAUCCUAUUUCGCGGCUACCAUCACUUCUCUUUCCAAUUCAAAGAUGCUGGACUCCAAUGCGCUUGGUGCGCUGACGUCCUUCCUUUCCAUAGUGCUUCCGUUAGUUGGUGGAGGCGAAAUAAAGCCGGAGAAAGCGGGGGAGGCUGUCAGGGUUUUGGUUAGAACAGUAGAGGAGAACGGAGGUAGUUUGGGAACUUCGGGUGUUAGGGCUGUAGUGAAGUGUGUAGGUGUUUUGGUUGCGGAAUUCUGCGGUUCGAAAGAAUGGGACUCGGUUGCUUUAGGGUUCGAGUGGCUUGUGAAGUUUUCCCUUGAUAAGCGGCCGAAGGUGAGGAAAUGUGCUCAAGAUUGUCUCUUGACAGUUUUCAAGUCGUUCGGAUCCUCUGAUAUCUUCAAGAAGGCAAGUAAAUCAAUAUACUUGCUGCUCAAAGAUCACAUGCCAUUGGCUAUAGAAAUGACCACUUCAGGAAUUGUUGAUGGAUCUAAAAACGAAGCAACGCCAAUAUCAAGGCCUGAACAUCAAGAAGUUCUUCAUUUGCUGAAUGUGAUAAAGCAUGUUCUUCCACAUCUCUCUCCCAAAGUCCGCAUGAGAAUCCUUUCACAAUUAUUAAAGAUAAUGAGUUCCCAGUUCUCAGCGUUGACAAGACAUGUCUUUGAUGUUAUUUCGGCUAUAUUUGAAACUUCAGAGACUGAAGUUAUAACAUCUAAUGCUGAAGACAUCUUCAGGUCACUGGUUUCCUAUAUAUCUUCAGAAGAAAAGAAUCCAGUUGAUAGUGUAUUGUUCGCCGCAACUUUAGCUAAAACUGUGUUAGGCAAAAUUCAUGAUGGUGAUAUAAAUGAAUGGACCACCUAUUUCCCUAUGCUAAUGGAAUCCUUAGCAGGCCUUCUGUCUUCCGAGGCUGAUGUUGCUUUACAGGCUUCCAGCAUGCUUAGAGAACUAAUAAACCACCACAUUGAUGGAAAAAGCUUCUUGAACACAGAAAACCAAGAUAUGGAAGAUAAGGCAACUAACAAUGCAGAGAUCAAAGCAGUAGAAACUACUUGCAACAUAUUCUACAAUUUGCUGAGUGCUUCAUCUCAAAUUCCUAGUGAACACUUCUUUUCAGUGGUAGCUUUUCUAUUCCUCAAACUUGGUGAUCUAUCAGCCAUCUUUAUGAAGCAUAUACUUCUUAAACUUGGUGAUUUGAUGAAUGCUACAUCUGCUAGUGGUUCAGAAACUAAACACCUCCAGGACUGCAUUGGGUCAGCUGUUGUCGCCAUGGGACCAGAGAAAUUACUUGGAUUGCUCCCAAUUUCCCUCAGUACCAAAAAUUCUUCCUGUUCAAAUAUUUGGUUAAUUACUAUUCUGAAGAAAAAUAUUGUUGGGUCAUCGCUGCGGUUCUUUAUGGAUUAUAUUGUACCUCUUGCCGAGUCCUUUGAGAAAGGAUCUCAUAAAGUUAAAAAUUCAGUAAUUGGCCAAGAUCUGCAGGCUUACGCCCAUGGCUGUUGGGAUUUGUUCCCUGCCUUUUGUCACCACCCAAGCGAUACUUAUCAGAGUAUUGGAGCUCUAACCCAACUCUUAAUCCGUUUUCUCAAGAAAGAGUCAUUUAUGCUUGAGAAUAUCGCCAUUGGUUUGCAGGAACUAGUAAAUGAAAACAAAAAUGCACUCGCCUUCGAUCAGGGAUCUGUGCAGUUGAUAGAAGUUCGAAGUAACGGAAUGCUUGAUGAGUUUGCAACAGAUCUUAAUACGAGGUGUUUCUACUCAAAAAAGAUAGCAAGCAAAAAUCUUAAGGCUUUGGCUUCAAGCAGCAAGGAGUUGCUUCAGGCUUUAACUAAUGUCUUAUUUGAGAGUCCACCUGAGACAGGCAAACAUCUGAAGGGUGCAAUCAGAUGCUUGGUAUCCGUAUGUGAUGCUUCAGUAACAAAAGAGAUAUUUAUUGAUUCACUUGAGAAGUUUCAACUUCUAGAUGAUAUUGGUCAACAUGGAAUGAAUGAUUGUUCAACCAAUGAAAAAGAGAACGGUGGAACAGAUGCUAAGAGGUCUCGAAUACUGGAUCUUGCAUCUUGUGUUGUUGAAGGAUCUGACAAUGAUAUGGUUAAUCUACUCUUUGCUGUUACUAGGCAUGCUUUGCAGGUGAGUGAUGAGGUUGGCCAGAUGGAAGCAUAUCAAACUCUCAGAAGAAUACUUGAGAAACAUUCUUGGUUCUGCUCUUCGCAAUUUGCUGUAGUGGUGGAUUUGUUGAAUGCAGUGAAGUCUUCAGCUAAUAUGACAUUGCUUAAGGGUCGCUUUGCCUGUUUGCAGAUCCUGUUGAUUCAUGCGUUAAUGAGAAACGUGGACGAGGAGAAUACAGACGCAUUCCUUAUUCUGAAUGAGAUUAUUCUCACAUUAAAAGAUUCCAAUGAAGAAGGCAGGAAAGUAGCUUAUGAUGCUUUGCAUGGGAUAAGUUCCAAGUUGCGGAGCUCAUCAGAUGCUUCCUAUGAAGGACUCUAUCACAAACUUCUCACCAUGAUUACAGGUUAUCUUUCUGGCUCCUCUCCCCAUAUAAAGAGUGGAGUGGUGUCUGCACUCUCGGUUUUAAUUUACAAUGAUCCUGAUAUUGGACUUAUGGUGCCUGAUAUAGUCCCCUCUGUUAUGGAGUUGUUACACAGCAAAGCAGUUGAGGUUAUAAAAGCUGUUCUGGGUUUCGUGAAAGUAUUAGUUUCAUGUCUUAAACCAAAUGAUCUGCAACAUUUUCUUCCAAACAUCAUGGACGGAAUUAUUCGUUGGUCAUCUGUCUCCCGCCAUCAUUUCAAAACAAAGGUUAUUGUGAUCUUGGAGAUCAUGAUGAGGAAGUGUGGUUCUGCUGCAGUGAAAGCACUUGCACCUGAGAAAUACAAGGACUUUGUUCAUGGUGUCGUGGUGAAUCGUCAUGGCAAGACAAAUUCCAAGGAAGGUGGAAACAAUGAUGCUAGGCCAGAACUUUCUGAUGCAUUCUUUAAGGGGCAACGUAAAAGGAAACAAAAUGAAUCGGCCAUCUCCGCCAAGGAAGAAGGAUCUGCUAGACCUUGGAAAAGGCAGAGAGACAUGAAACAGAAUGCUGGGAAGUUGGUGGGAAGAGGCGAACAUUCUUCUCAUUAUGGAGACCUUCAAAAGGGUAAGUUGAAUAAAAAUCGAGGCAGUGAAGCAAGGGAAUUUAAGAAGCAGCUCUCUGGUGGAAAGAAGCAGAAGAAGAGGAUACUAAUGAGUAGGAAAGAUGAAGGAAAAAAAAAUAAACCAGCUGUUGCAUCCAAAUCUUUGAAGCGUAAAAGGGAGGGAAGAAAAGACAGAAAAUCAGCUGCUUAGAGAACAUGAAUGGAUUAUGAUUAAAACCGGUGGGAGAUUUGAAACCAAAACAUGUAAGCAAAUUACUCAUAAAUCCGAGAUAUGGUGCAGGGCCACAGCAGUGUCUAGGUAGAAUUGAAGUCUUCGGACAAGUGCCACGGAUGAGCAAUCUACAUGUGAUAUUUUCUAUAGGAUUUCCUUGGAGCACUUGCUUCUCAACUUUUGACCCUGGGCUGUGCUUGUUGCAUAGAAUAUGUGGUAUAUGUAUAAAUUAUAGACAAAAUUCCUGUUCAGUUAGGUCUGGACAAUUUUUCUUCUGAUGGUUACUGGAACUUGAAAACACUGAAAAUUGUAUGGCUUGUUUGCUUCUAAGUUUUGGCGAUUUAUAACAAACAAGCAUGAAGU